AUGGCCAUUUCGUGUUCGGAUCAACUAGGGGGAGUUUCAAUACUCUGCGAUUACUGCUUCCUUAUGAUGACAGAUCUUACAUUUAUAAAAUGCAACGAAUGUGCAGUAGACUUAUGCCUGCGGUGCUUUGUGAACCAGAUAGAAACGUCGGUACAUAGCAAGUAUCACGGGUAUAGAGUGGUUUCAAAGAUGAAUGCAAAAAUCGGUGAAGAAGGGUGGACCUUACUGGAGGAGAUUCUGUUUGUGGAGUGCCUUGACACAUGCGGAAUAGGAAACUGGGAAGGGAUUUCCAGGUAUAUUGGAGCAGGAAGGGAUAUCAAGUCCCACUUCUAUAAGAUGCUUGAUCUUCAAGAGAGUACGAGCGAAUUGCCUCGGAUAAACCCAAAAGUCAGCAAUCCUUACAGAGGCGCUAUCAGUUCUUAUAUGCCAUACAGGAGAGACUUCGACGUUGAAUACAUGGACGAGCACGAAGUCCUCAUAAGAGACCUCAGCGUCGACGGAAGCAAAGAAGAACUAAAGAAAAAGAUAACCAAUGCAACUCUUGACUCGUACAUGAGACUUGUCAGGUUCAGAAACAGGAGAAAGCACGCCAUAUUGGGUAAGAACCUGAUGGAUAUGCAGAAUCUAAAGAAGAAAGAUGAGGAGUGUGGGUUUGUAAAUAGCAUCAAGUGGAUUGCGCCGUAUCUGACAAAGUCAGAUUUCAAUGUCUUUUUCCGUGGAGUAUAUAUUGAAAAGAGACUCCACGAGCUAUUGAAUAGACGCAACAGGGAAAAUAGGGAUGCGAUGGAUGUUAAGAAUAUUCUGCCUUCGAAGUACUUUGUCAGUGACAAGGAAAGAAGGCUGUGCGAGACCUACAACCUGUCCCCAGGCAUGUAUCUCGAACUAAAGAAGGAAGUGAUUUCCUGCUUUAUUAGGAGGGGGGAGUUUACAAAAGAGGACUUUAAUAGACUUUUCGGGUUUCUUGGAGAGGCUGAUGGGCUAUAUGGCCUUUUUCUAGAGCGCGGAUGGAUCCAUGAAGAAAAGGAGACCAAAUGA